UUCUGUCAGUGUCAGUGUAGGUGUUGUUUCGUACAUACUACUUGCGAUGUCCGGAGUGAAAUGCUUUUAUUAAAUUUGUAUGUGAUUCGGAAUACAAGUUUUUAGAGAGAUAAGAAGUCCAUAUCAAGCCUCUGCGUCCAAGGUAAAUUUUCGAUAUAGAUCAAUGCGCCCUACUUUAAAAUCCAUCUGUUUUUGUGGUUAGACGUACCAGUUUCUCUUGGGAAAUUGCCUGUGACACAGAUUUCGAACUCUGCGUUAAGGUUACCAUCACACCACGCUGGGGGUUCAUAUUGCAGAGGAGCUCCUUGGUGUAUUUGCGUCACGAAUGUAUACUCGUCCCUCCCUGUUCCAUACCGACCUGAGUUCAGUUGAUGGAGGUGACUGGAGCAGAUAUAAGCUUCUCCUUACAGCACGGUCUGAUCCGGGAUACGACAACUGUCAAUGCAUCACAGCUCACUCUUAAAACCUUGAAAGAUCGGGCAUGUGAAUUCAUCAACUCAAAGUUCCCAGACCACAGCCUUAACAAGCUCAACGAGCGACUCAUUCUCUUUCGACACGACUACGACUCGCCAAACAUCCUUCAGAUCAUCAACGCAGCUUCCGAAGUAACUCAGGACACCUUGGUCGAGAUCGUCAUGUCAGCUCACAACCCAUCAGAUGAAGUGCAGAUUCGGCCACACAUGUUAUAUGUUCAUUCAUAUAAGACUCCCACAUUUUGUGAUUUCUGUGGUGAAAUGCUCUGGGGGUUGGUCAGACAAGGGCUCAAAUGUGAAGGAUGUGGUCUUAAUUUUCACAAACGAUGUGCCUACAAGAUUCCUAACAACUGUAGUUAUGCACGGCGUCGUCGUACUUCUAUGCAACCAAUGCCACAUUCUCCUUCUGAUUCACUGAAUUCACUCCACAAUGUGUCGUCUCUGGAGGGGGAUGCCCCGGUGGUAAGGGACAUGGCCUCCCUAGCUGUCACUUCAACAACUUCCAGUCCAAACAUGAAGUCUGGUCGGCCGUCCUUCAGUGGAUCAGUUGGUAGACCAGCUUGGGUGGAGAAAGAACUGGCUGGAAGAAUUAAGGUACCUCAUUCCUUUGCACUGCACAGCUACACAACACCUACCAUCUGCCACUACUGCAAGAAGCUCUUAAAAGGUCUCUUUCGGCAAGGUGUUCAGUGUAAAGACUGCAAGUUUAAUGCUCACAAGAAAUGUUCAGAGAGAGUGCCAAAGGACUGUACUGGAGAGGCACCCAAAAAGGAUGAUGGGGACACUGGUUCUGAUGGUUCUCGUGACGAUGAAAGUGACAAUGAAGAUUCACCACCAUCGACGAUUCAGUUUGACCCAGAGGGUAAUGAUGAAGAAAAUAUCCCAAGGCCAAGGCCACACAGUCCAUCAGCCAGCAACAACAUUCCCCUGAUGAGAAUUGUGCAGUCUGUAAAACACACCAAACGACCAUCGAAGGUGCUCAAAGAAGGGUGGAUGGUUCAUUGCACAAAUAAGGACAGUAUGCGCAAGAGGCACUAUUGGCGUCUGGAUACAAAAUCCAUUACAUUGUAUCAGAAUGAAACAAGCACCAAGUAUUACAAAGAAAUACAACUCUCAGAAGUGCUAAAUAUAGAAACUGCUAAACAGCCGCAACCAACUGAUGUAUCAAGAGGGGUAAUGCACUGCUUUGAGCUACGGACUGCAAAUGUUGACUACUAUGUUGGAGAAGAACCCAUUAGCAAGAAAGAUGGAGCUCCAGUCGUUAAUCCUCCAGAGACUGGCAUUGGACUUUACUUAGCCAAGGUGUGGGAGAAUGAAAUUCGUAAAGCAUUGAUGCCAGUAACACCUCAGGCCAGCACAACACCCACCCACCCUCAGCAGCAGGGUAUGGAUAAGGAAGAAGCCACUUGUAAUGACAUCUCACAGAUUUAUCAGAUAUUCCCUGAUGAGGUCCUUGGUUCUGGACAAUUUGGUAUUGUUUAUGGAGGUGUUCAUCGGAAGUCUUCCCGUGCUGUUGCUAUUAAAGUUAUUGACAAGUUAAGGUUUCCUACGAAGCAAGAGGCAGCCCUCAAGAAUGAAGUAGCUAUCCUGCAGAAUCUUAGUAAUCCGGGUGUCGUCAACUUGGAGAGAAUGUUUGAAACUCCUGAGAGAAUUUUUGUUGUAAUGGAAAAGCUGAAGGGAGACAUGUUAGAGAUGAUAUUAUCAUCAGAGCGUGGCAAACUCUCUGAACGCAUCACCAAAUUCAUCAUAUAUCAGAUCUUGGCUGCCCUAAAACAUCUUCACAGUAAGAACAUUGUACAUUGUGACCUAAAACCAGAGAAUGUUCUUCUGUCAUCUGCUAGUGACUUUCCACAAGUGAAGCUCUGUGAUUUUGGCUUUGCCCGAAUUAUAGGAGAAAAAUCAUUCAGGAGAUCUGUUGUGGGAACACCUGCUUACUUGGCUCCGGAAGUAUUGCGCAACAAGGGAUACAACCGGUCUUUGGAUAUGUGGUCUGUAGGAGUCAUCACUUAUGUCUCCCUCUCUGGAACAUUCCCAUUUAAUGAAGAUGAGGACAUUAAUGAUCAAAUUCAAAAUGCUGCCUUCAUGUACCCACCCAAUCCUUGGAAGGAGAUAAGCCAAGAGGCUAUUGAUCUGAUUACCAAUUUGUUACAAGUAAAGCAGAGGAAGCGUCUCACAGUGGAUAAGUCACUUGCACAUGUAUGGCUUCAGGACUACCAGUGUUGGUGUGAUCUAAGGGAACUAGAACGAAAAGUCGGUGUACGUUAUGUCACACAUGAAUCUGAUGAUGCUCGCUGGGCAACUUAUCGUAAACCAGGUGUCCCCAUGUCUCCAGUCACUCCAACAUCUGGCUCUCCUGAUGAUGAUGUGUUAGCAGCAUAAUUGAUAUUAAAACUAAUUAUUUUAUCAAGUAUUGUAAGUGCUACUGUUCAGGUAUUCCAGAUAGAAAUGACUGAUAUUGAGGGAGAUGGUAAUGUGAUGUUAAGUGAAGUUUUGUUAUGAAACAAGAUAUGAAUGUGAAAUAGCAUCUAGAACUUUGUAGUAUUUAUAGUUACAGAGUAUUGCAAUAUAUUACACACAAAUAAAAAAAAAAAUCUGAA